AUGGAUAGGGAAGAAUCACUGCUCAUCCUCAGAGCGCAAUUCUUCCAAUGCCUCGACGUCGACUGCCUUAGAUGGCCGCCGCAGAAGCUACUUGCCCACCCAGACACAAGCUACUGGACUUGGAAGAACCUCUGCUAUGAGAAGAGAGCAAUGGCCAAGCUCCCUAUUGCCCUGUACCGCCUGAACUUCUUCAAAAAGCUGCUGGAGAGGCUCGGGCGGGCUGGUCACGUCAUCACAAACGAUCCAAAAGAGGACGGCGCACUUCCUUCCAUUGUCGCAAUGGUAGAUGCCGUCAAGAAGCUCCAAGAGGACCCCGCUCCACGCAGCCCUGACGACCCCGAAGACAUGUACGUCACCUAUACCGUGCCCCCGUUCCCGCUGGGCUCAUCCUCCGCCGUGAACCCAGACAUCGUCACGCUCGUCGAGACCAGGCGGCUUGUCGCCGGAUCGCGCUUCACCGGCCACCGCACCUGGGACGGCGCCCUGCACCUGGCGCACUAUCUCGUUGCGGAGCAAGGAAGCACCGUGAGGGGACGCUCGGUCCUGGAGCUAGGUGCCGGCGCGGGCUUGCUGUCGAUCCUCUGUGCCAAGUAUUUCGGAGCUAAGAGCGUCAUCGCUACGGAUGGCGACGAGCGUGUCAUCGAGGAGGCGCGUAGAAACGUUGAUAUAGGCGGGUUUGGUGGUGAAAAAGAAGGCCAGGGCCGCGUGGAAGUUGAGAGACUUCGGUGGGGAGAGGAUCUCGGAGGAUCGUGGCUUCAUGAUAGGUUAUCCAAGCAAUGCAAAAGCCUCGACGUUGUUCUCGGCGCAGAUCUGAUCUACAACGAAGAGUCUGCCUCGGCCCUUGCCAAGACGCUCAAGUCACUGCUUGUAUUGGAGCCAGAGUUAAAGGUUAUUAUUUCCUGGGCAAUGCGGUUUCCCCAAGUCACGGGCAAGUUCCUCCGGGACUGUGAGGCCAACAAACUUACUAUUCGGGAUUUACCCUUCACCAUGACGCCUUACACCGAACAAAAGGGCCUUUUUUACCUGACUGCUGUGCCACUUCGUAUUAUACAAAUAUCAUUGCAAUGA